GGGCCACCGCUAUCAUGCCCGGGCGCGCGGGCGCCGCCCGGUUCUGCUUGCUGGCUCUCGCUCUGCAGCUACGCUGGCCGCUGGCGGCGUGCGAGCCGGGAUGGACCACAAGAGGCAGUGAAGAAGACGACCCCCAGCUUCAGCAUGAACUCAUAAUACCUCAGUGGCGGACUUCAGAAAGCCCUGGGAGGGGAAAGCAUCCACUCACAGCGGAGCUCAGGGUCACAGCUGAAGGGCGAGAACUGAUCCUGGACCUGGAGAAGAAUGAGCACCUUUUUGCUCCAGCCUACACGGAAACCUGCUAUACUGCAAGUGGCAACCCCCGAACCACCACGCUGAAAUCUGAGGAUCACUGCUUUUACCAUGGGACUGUGAGGAAAGCAGAAGAAUCCAGCGUCACGCUGAGCACCUGCAGGGGAAUUAGAGGACUGAUUAUAGUGAGCAGUAACCUCAGCUACAUCAUCGAGCCCGUCCCUAGCAACGACAGCCAGCACCGCAUCUACAGAGCUGAACAUCUCAAGCUGCCCCCAGGGAACUGUGGGUUCGAACACUCCAGGCCCACCUCUAAGGACUGGGCCCUUCAGUUUACACAUCAGACCAAAAAGCAACCUCGCAGAAUGAAACGGGAAGAUUUACACUCUAUGAAGUAUGUGGAGCUUUACCUGGUAGCUGAUUACUCAGAGUUUCAGAAGAAUCGGCGUGACCAGGAUGCCACCAAACACAAGCUCAUGGAGAUCGCCAACUACGUUGAUAAGUUCUACCGAUCCCUGAACAUCCGGAUCGCUCUUGUGGGCUUGGAAGUAUGGACACACGGGGAUAAGUGUGAAGUUUCCGAGAACCCGUACUCUACCCUUUGGUCCUUCCUUAGUUGGAGGCGCAAGCUGCUUGCCCAGAAGAGCCACGACAAUGCGCAGCUGAUCACUGGCAGAUCCUUCCAAGGCACCACCAUUGGCCUGGCCCCCCUCAUGGCCAUGUGCUCUGUGUACCAGUCUGGAGGAGUGAGCAUGGACCACUCUGAGAAUGCCAUCGGAGUAGCCUCCACCGUGGCCCAUGAGAUUGGCCACAACUUUGGCAUGAGCCACGAUUCUGCACACUGCUGUUCUGCCAGUGCAGCCGACGGUGGGUGCAUCAUGGCGGCCGCCACUGGGCACCCCUUCCCCAAAGUCUUCAGCUGGUGCAACAGGAGGGAGCUGGACAGGUAUCUGCAGUCAGGAGGUGGCAUGUGCCUCUCCAACAUGCCAGAUACUAGGACGCUGUAUGGAGGCCGGAGGUGUGGCAACGGGUACCUGGAAGAUGGCGAAGAAUGUGACUGCGGGGAAGAGGAGGAAUGUACUAACCCUUGCUGCAAUGCCUCCAACUGCACUCUGAAGGAAGGGGCCGAGUGUGCCCAUGGGUCCUGCUGUCACCAGUGUAAGCUGGUGGCCCCUGGAACCCUGUGCCGUGAGCAAGUGCGGCAGUGUGACCUCCCCGAGUUCUGCACGGGCAAAUCUCCGCACUGCCCCACCAACUUCUACCAGAUGGAUGGUACCCCCUGCGAGGGCGGCCAGGCCUACUGCUACAACGGCAUGUGCCUCACUUACCAGGAGCAGUGCCAGCAGCUCUGGGGACCUGGAGCCCGCCCUGCCCUCGACCUCUGCUUUGAGAAGGUGAAUGCAGCUGGAGACACCUAUGGAAACUGUGGCAAGGGCUUGAAUGGCAAAUACAGGAAGUGCAGCCCCAGAGAUGCCAAGUGCGGGAAGAUCCAAUGUCAGAGCACGCAGUCCCGGCCCCUGGAGUCCAAUGCAGUGUCUAUUGACACAACCAUUACCAUGAACGGGAGACGGAUUCACUGUCGGGGCACCCACGUCUACCGGGGUCCUGAGGAGGAGGAAGGGGAAGGGGACAUGCUCGACCCAGGCCUGGUGAUGACUGGGACCAAGUGUGGCCACAACCAUAUUUGCUUCGAAGGGCAAUGCAGGAACACCUCUUUCUUCGAGACGGAAGGCUGUGGGAAAAAGUGCAACGGUCAUGGGGUCUGCAACAACAACCAGAACUGUCAUUGCUUAGAAGGCUGGGCUCCACCUUUCUGUAACACCCCAGGAGAUGGCGGCAGCAUUGACAGUGGUCCUUUACCCCCUAAGAGUGUGGGUCCUGUGGUAGCUGGGGUGUUUUCGGCCCUCUUCCUGCUGGCAGUCCUCAUGCUGUUUUGCCACUGCUAUAGACAGAGCCACAAACUGGGCAAGCCCUCAGCCCUCCCAUUCAAGCUUCGGCAACAGUUCAGUUGUCCCUUCAGGGUGUCUCAGAGUGGUGGAACUGGCCAUGCCAACCCAACUUUCAAGCUGCAGACGCCGCAGGGCAAGCGAAAGGUAACCAACACCCCUGAAACUCUCCGGAAGCCCUCCCACCCUCCGCCCCGGCCCCCUCCAGACUAUUUACACGUUGAAUCCCCACCUGCGCCAUUGCCAGCACAUCUGAACAGGGCUGCCAGGAGCUCCCCAGAAACUGGGGCUCAAGUAGAAAGAAAGGAUUCAGCCAGGAGACCUCCCCCAAGCCGGCCUAUGCCCCCUGCACCUAACUGCCUACUGUCCCAGGAUUUCUCCAGGCCGCGGCCACCCCAGAAGGCACUCCCAGCAAACCCUGUGCCGGGCCACAGGACGGCUCCCAGGCCAGGAGGUGCCUCCCUGCUUCAGCCGCCUACUGCUGGUCCUCAUCCUCCCCGGCCUCCAGCAGUGUCUGUUCCAAAGCUUCCUGAGUAUAGGUCACAGAGGAUUGGAGGCAUGACUAGCUCCAAGAUCUAAAACUGUCUACAAGUUUCUUGUCUCGCUUGAAGACUCCAGAUGCCGUGGAAAGUCCAGAGGAAAGAAGCCAGCUUGGCCAUCUUGAAGCUUCUGCAGCCUUCUGGAGCCCCCUCAUCCCCAGAAUCUUCCUUUCUGCCCUAGUGCCUCCUGCUUCCUCUGAGGCCCAGAUGGACUUCUAUCCGAUGGCUUUCAAAUGUUGACCUGUGCAAUAUGCAGCCCGGGUAGGAAAGGGGAGCAUAUGGAGCAGGAUGGGGGAAGAUUCUCCCUCAGCCUACUAGCCAAGAGCUACCAACAACAGUCAGGGAAGUCUGAAGCUGGGGUCCUCCCUCUGUGCCGAGCGUGGAGACGGCCUCCUCCCGGGUCCCGCGGUGGCAGGUACACACAACAGCUUCCAUUGAAUGGCCUCCCCCUGGGAUCCCAGGCUGCACAGAGGCUGGGACUGAGGAAGCCACUGCUGCAUCUCCCCACCCCGACCCCAGGGCUUGGUCGAGGUGCAUGUGACAAGCCAUGCUCCCCAGUCCCUGCCACUCUUCACAUUCUCCUUCUCAUAUUUACACGGGUCGCUCUCUGACUCAGACAGGUACUAUUUGCAGGCAGCGUAGACAGCAGGGGGGGAUAGUCGGCCUGUGCCCCCUCUGAGCCGUGAUGCCAAAGGUUGCUAGGACUUUUAGAAUCCCUGGUGUCCCAUGUGUCACCUUCUCCUCCCCUCAUCGCCUCCCUGUCCUAUGGUGCUUUGGUGGUGAACCGUGACAGUCCUGACUUGCUGGUGACUGCGUGCUUGUGAUCUGCAAAUCAGAAUCCUGCCUCACCGGGUAGCCACUGGACUUCCUGCACUGGAUCUCAAGAGCAUUGAGUGGAGUGAGCGUGUGUGUGUGUGUGUGUGUGUGUGUGUGUGUGUGUAAGAGAGAGAGACAGACAGACAGACAGACAGACAGCUCUGCAUGUUAUUGUAUUUUAUAGCCUCAAGCAGGAUAAGGGGCCUCCUCCUUAUUUCUGACCCACAUCUAAAUAAGUUUCUCCAGGGUAGCCACAGGUAUACUGAGGGGGACAGGCAUGUUUGGAACCCUAGCCAUUAAAAAAGUAUGCCCAGGGGCACCAGCCCCUCUCUAGUGGUCAGCUCUGAGGUAGGACUGUUGACUAUGAAUGGAUUACCAACCUCUUUGGAAGCUCUCAACAGCCAUGGUGAACCAGAUCUGGCCAGGGGUCCACCAGCUCUCUUCAACCAGGAUGAAAUUCACUUCCAUUGGUUCUCUUCACCCGUAUGUAAUCCUCAUGGAAAGAGCUCUGGGGAGGUGGGGAUGGGACUUGGUGCUCUGUAGUUAGAACAGUUCUUACAUAUUUGCUGGACCUGGCCUCUGAGAGGCCAUCUUUCACCCCCCAAAAGGUGCUGAUAGCACUGCAGAGGGUCCUCUAGGGGCCUUCCCACCACCCACAGUUGUUAGCUCUUGGAACCUUCUAGAGGAAGAGGCGAGUUUUUGACUCCCUUCUUACCACCUCAGGCCUUCUUAUAGCUCUUCACAGCGUAAGCUCUUGGGAUUGGAGACAAGCGGGAGAUGUAGAGUGCGUGGCUGGGGGAAGAAAGAUCUCAGGAAAACACCUUUCUCCUCCUCAGGGUGACUGUGAUGUUCACACUUUGACUCCCUGAGCCAUGAUCCAAAAGGUUACCUGGUCCAUUUCCUACCAUCAACAUUCCAUUUAUGUGUUUCCACAAAUGCCAGUGAAUACAGGCUAGGUCCUGAAGACAGUGACCAUCCUGACCCUCACCACAAAGUUAGAAAACGCGCCACUUCUCUAAAACCCAACCCCAUAUGUCCUGGAUGUCAUUGUGGGCGGCAUGGCCUUUGUCCCUCCACUCUGGGGGCAGGUGGUUCUGCGUGACAGUGCCACAGAAACAGUGACAACAUAGGCUUUCUGAAAUGCAAGUCUUCUGUCUCUUGAACAAUACCAAAAAGAGACCCAUUUCCUUGCUCUUUGGUAAUCACUUUUUUUUUUUUCAUUUUCAUUACUUUGAUACCACCUCCAUCCCAUAAUGUUAUACUGUGAACUAGAAGAUGGCAGAAAUUUUUAAUUUGGGAGGGAUGUUGGCAGCUACUCUCCUUACAACUUGAUUCCUGGCAUUCAUUUCCAAAGGGUCAGGGAAGCUGCCAUAGGGAGGCCCCCAUUCCCUUGUGCACUGUGAAGUGUCCCAUAGAGAUAUAGAAAGACUUCAAGGGCAGAGUUUUUCCCAAAAGGAUUGUCACUUGGGAGGGAAAAAAGAAUAUUACCACAGGGAAAGGAGGGGUUAGUUGCAACAGAACACUUGGGUCAAUGUACAUCAAGUCUGUGGGGGGCAUCGAGGCUGAAAAGGCCUUUUCCUAUGCAUUGAAAGUGAACAAGACUAGAAAUGACUGUUGGGGGCAUCUCUGGGCCCACCCACUGUUGAGAUGUUAGUAGACAAUGCGGUAGGUCAAAGCCAAAGCUCCAGUGGGCUGAGGGAAAGUUCAAUUCAUAGCUGGGUUUAGUGACAUGCCCCUUCAGUCCCAACAGAGGCAGGUGGAUCUCUGAGUUUGAAGCUAGGCCGGUCUUAAAAAAAAAGGGGGGGAGUUCCAGGACAGCCAGGGCUACUCAGAGGAAACCGUUUCCACAAAAACAAAUAAAAAUUAAGACAGUGUCUUUUAUAUCCCAGGUUGGCUUUCAACUCACUAAAAAGUCAAGGAUGACCUUUGAACUCCUGAGUGCUUUGCUUCUUCUUGAAUGCUAAGACUGCAGGUGGUUUAUGUGGUCCUGGGUUCAAACCCAGGUGUUCAUACGUAUAUAAGCAAACGCUCUAGCAGCUGAGCUACGUCCCCAGCCCAGGCUGUAACUGUCUUUAGAAGCUAAAUUGGCUGCCUGACCUAAAGCCAUUUCUGGCCUGUAAACCGAAGGUCCUCAUCUCUAGAAGAGGUUUAGCCUGCGCUGCUUCCUUCCAAAUUGCAACUUCCCACUUGCAUUCUGUCCAUUUUAGCCUUGGUGACUUCCACAGGUAAGAGAGAAGCCCCUUUCUCCCCUUGCUUCAAGACGUUGUAGACAUUAGGAUCUAUAUUCUCUGCGAUGCAACAGGUCCCUGCCACUCCGCAGUAAACCUUCUCCAAAGUGUCUCCCCUAGGCUCAGUUAAUUUGCUUAUUAGACAAAGAGGGUGUGAGACUUGUAUUCUUAAAAUUGGAGGCUAGGUCUAAAGCUAGUCAUUUUGUCAAAUGCAUGUAAUCACAGCCCCAAACGACUCCUCCACACACAAGCCAGGGAACACCAACUGGAAAGGUACCCCUUCCCCUGGGAAGCCUGCUAGCCCAGCACCCCAAUGUCAUACUCCCAGUGUCCUCUUCUACGACUGUGUGUACGUCUACGUCUGGGAUCCAGGGCAAAUGUGAAUUUUCUUUUUAUUUGGGAGAUUGUUCACAGGAAAUAGUCCUGUCCUCUCUUGUCCUCCUAUUGAUUGUUUACAAUAUUUGUACAUCUAUGCAAAAUACUUGAAUGGGCCAUGGUGCCUUGUUUGGUUUUUUGGGUUUUUUUUUUCUUCUUGUUUGUAUUUAAUUAAAAGAAGUUGUCAUU